AUGGCAGGUCCCCGUGGCACACUGGCUCGGGCGCAGUGCUGGAGGGAGAGUUGCCGGAAGGGGGCCGGUCAAACUCUACGGUGUGGUAUGCGCAGACCGGGCGCGACGGCGCUGGAAGUGGCAGUCGACCGCCGGCGGUGGUCAGAGGAAGCCUUUAAACUGACAGGGAUCGCGCGGGAGGAAGCUCGUCCCGACGACGGCGUGGCGCAUGGGAUGCUGUGGCGGGACGGUGGGGGUGAUGGCGUCGAGCGGUGGCGAAGGCGGUGGCUGCACAUGGCUGCCCGCGAACAUCGAGGCUGCCGAGAGACGCCGCGGACCCACAGUCACCCCUACGUCGUGAAUCCUGGCCACAUGCUCUUCCUAUCCGUUCUUCCCAGCAAAUCGACUGUCUUCCAAGCUCAUCCCCGUCUGCCCACGCCUUCUUGUCUUCCUGCCGACGACAUCGUCUUGCGUUGCACUGCGACUCAUUCUAUUAUUGUUUAUACGCCAGGGCCCUCUGUCAAUGUCCACAGCUGCCGCUGUCACCGUCUCCAGGCAUCUUCAUUGUUCGAUGCCAGGCGCGAGCACGAUCCUCCCAAGACGUCCCGUAUCCCCGGUGAAACCCUAGAUGCAGCAAACGACCGUGUAGACGCGCAGACUUUCCAACGCCCCCAAAUCUAA